AUUUUAUGAGAAUUUUUACCUUUUUAUUAGUGAAAUAUAUUUACUGUUAUAGAAGAUAAUAUGUCUUCUCCACUUAUAGAGAAAUUAGGGCACAAAAUAUUGGAAAUUCGUGAAAGAGCUCUUUUUAAUAUAGUGUCUAAAUUUGAGAACAGAAUUUUAUUCGACGAUGAUCUUGCGAAGAACAAAGAGCUUCUUACAAAAUUGUUUCAGUGGUUUCUAUUUGAGCCCUGUACUCAAAAGCAGGUUGUGUUUUCUCUCCUGAAAGAUAUUUUAAAGUCAAAAAGUGGUAGAACUUUAAUAAACCAUUAUGGCAAAUCAUCUUUAAAAAUGCAAAUAUGUCAGAUGCGCUCAUAUUUGGAAUCCAAAUAUUAUACAGAUUUAGAUGAAUUAUGCGAACUAAUAGAUGAAAAGGAAGAUGAACCUGAAGUACCACCAUUAGAGACGGACAUUCCUUUAAGUUACAGAACGAAUAGUACAAAUAAUUGCCCUUUAAUCAGUCCAGCUGUUGGUACAACAGCUACUGCAAUAGAAGGAUAUAUUCAAAAAGAAUCUUUUGCUGAAGAACAGAUAGGGAUUCAGCACUGGUCAGAGAAAUUGAGUUCUAACAAUUUUACCGAUGGUAGAAGUUUUAUAUUGAGCAGCAUUAAGAAAAAUACUAGUUUUGUGUCAAAUUUUUAUCUAAACUGGCAACCACUUAUAGAACCCGAUAGACAUGUAUUGCAAUCAGUAGAAAAUUCAUUAAAAGAUCCUCCCCAGUCGUCAGCGCUAUUAUCUUCUUGUGAAUUUUUCACCAAUAUUCUUUUACAUGACUUUCCUGCUGAAAUAUUUUUGCAACGGCCUGCAAUUGUACUGGAAUUCUACUCUCUGAUGAUGUGCGGAUCUAUUCGUUUGACUAAUGCUGUUUUAAAUGCCUUGUGUAACUUAACAAAGUUACUCCAGAUAAGAAUUCAUUACUGUAAAGACAUAUCUCUGCAAAAUUUCAGAAGCAUUCAUUUAGAUCACUCUCAGCCUGUUUGCAAUUCACCAAGAAGUGAAAGAAAUUCUGAGCCUAUUGGGAUUUCCCAUAAGCUCCCCGAAAAUUUGGAAAAAAUAGAAGAUAUUUUACUAAUGGAGAAAAAUCAGUUGUCCUUCCCCAAGUAUGGUUUUAUAACUUUAACUAAGGUUUUUGAAUAUUUGUGCAUGAAGCAGGAUGAAUUUGGAGAUAACAAAUUAAAACUAAAUAAGGUUGGAAUAAAUUUUUGUUUAAUUUUGUUGGAAGAAGUUUUCCAAUUACUCUGCCUUUGUUUUGGGAAUGAAAUCUGGGAUUCUGAACAAAACGAAGAGAGUUUGGUUAUAUUAAAGGAAUUUAAUGAACUGUUCAUUCAGUAUGGGGAAGCUUUAGAAUAUUUCCGAGUAAAAUUCAUGAUUUCCGAAACAAAAUCAGUCUACCGAAUAAUAUAUUUAUAUUUAAUACAUAAUACCACAAUGCUAUUACAACAUUUUGUUCCCUUAUCUGAAGCUAGUAUGAUUUUACCGAGAAACUUAAAAAGUGCACUGUCAAAUAGCCUCCUGGACGUUAUUUUAGGGAAAAUUUAUCCAGAGGUUUACAGUAUUCUUCUGAAUUAUGUAAAGAGUAUUUGCGUUCAUAGUGAAGUCGAACCUCUCAGAAAAUACGAACAAGUUUUAGAAGUAUGUAACGGAUUGUCAGCUACGGUAUUGUUCUUAAAACAGCACAAAUACCUUAGUAUAAAUGAAAGUCUUAAAGCCGCAAAAGAAGCUUUGCCAAGCAUGGAGUUCCAUAUGAAUUUUGAUUUUCUCAAAAUAUUCGUCGAUAUGUGUUCCUCAAAAUUUUGUCAGAUCUCUGAUAAUUUUGAAUUGACCAAAUUAGUUGAAGAAAUUGUCCUUAAUUUAUUAUCUCACAAUUUAAUGGAGAUUAGAGAGGAAAUGUACAGACUAUGUCACAGGAUUAUUAUAAAAAAUAUUGGCCCAGAAGUACGUAUCGAUUCGACUGGAUCUCAAAUUCUUUUUUUGCUGCUUCCGAACAUUUUAAUAAACAUAUCCGUGUUUGGCAUGACAAGUGAAAAUUUAAAAGUAACACGUUAUGCAGAAGAUAUCGUCCUGUAUAUAAUAAAGUGCCAGACAGUGGUAUCCGAGGCAGUCUGGAACAAGAUCGUGCAGGCAUUAAUUCCGUCUCUACCCAUUGUCAUUUGUCAUGCAAAAAAAAAUUCUCCAAUAGGCAAGGCAAUAAUAACUCUUCUAGAUCCCGAUAGAAUAACGGAAAACUUCAUUCCUCCGAUCGUAAUGCUAAAGUGCAAUGUAGAAUUCCUCUUUGCGAAGGAAACUUAUUUGAGAGAAGAGGCUUUUUCUAGGAUAUGCUGGUUGUUAACGUCCCAAAAAAACUCUGGGGACUUGUUGCCAAAAUUUAAUACAGUGUAUGACACGGCACUGGCUAAUGUUUGUUAUUUGAAGACGGUGGUGGAUAUUAAUAAAACCCGUUUCACUGACCAUUUUUAUCAGCCUACCAGUUUGCGUCAAGUACUGGAAGUAGUCAACUCUGAAAAUAUAGAACCGGUAUUAAAACGGUCAGCACUCAAUCAAGUUAAUGUAAUGGUGGAAGACCCCCUUUUACAUCAAGUGUUUUUGGAAGAUAAUGGAGUUGAAAUAGUCGUAGAUACAAUAAAGAGUGCUCUAACCGAAAAGGACUAUAGAAAUUAUCCAGACUCCAUUGUACCUGUUAUAUCAAUUCUGAAAAAUAUUUGCCUGCAUCAUUCCGAUGUUAGAGAAGAGCUUAGCAUGAAUGUGGAAGUGUUUUAUUUUGUGUUGAGAGGUUUGUUCCUAUUUUUCACAGAGGAGAGGGUACGACAAGACGCGGGGACUCUAUUGUGCCUUUUAAUUUUCAAAGAUUUCGUCAGGGGUACUCCAAAAAGUGCAUCUUUUUCUUUACCUAAUUUAAUAUGUGUCAAUAUGCACCUACCUUUUUUAUGUAAUAGUCACUGGAAUGUCAGUGACUACACCAGAGUCAAUCUAAAAGAAUGGAUAACUUCUGACAGUUUGAGUUUAAGUUCAGUUCAAAUUCAAUGGAAUUUAGAAAUUUUUGGGGGUUUCCAGGAAAUAAUAAAACGGGAAAAUGUCACUUACGACGAUGAACAGUUCAAAUUUUCUGAUGAAUUAAAGUUAAGUAAUGGUGAUUUAAAAGCAUUAAAAACUUCGUCCGUACAUUUUUGCAUAAUGGAACACCUAAAUAUGAUACAGAAUGGAACUUCGCAUAAUAUUAUUAUAGAAUCUAUAGAAGAUGUCACUAUGUGCGUUUAUUUGUAUAAAAUAGCAAUAAGUACGUGUAAAGAUAUUGAUGAUGAGUAUUUUCUUUCUCAUUCAUGGGAGCAGACUUUUUCGAAAUUCCUUAAAUCAUUGCCUUCCUGCAAUGACGAUAUGUUGCUGCUGCGAAACGUGAUACAACUUCUUGCUAUAUUGGUGCCGUUUUAUAAGUUACCAGAUAAAGAAUGUUGGAUCAUUACAAUUUUAAAAGACAAUACUCAGUGCCUGCUGGAUUUGUUAAACGUCGAUAGUACCUCUGAGGAGAAUAAAAUUAUUGGACAGGAACUGUUGAAACUUAUAACCGUAUGUGCAUGUCAAGAACAGCAUUAUUUAGAUUUUUAUACUGCAAAUUUUAUAUCCGGUUCUAAACCUUGGACUCACAUCAUAAAGAUUACAGCAGAUAUUUUGAAAUUCAACAAUUCUCAACAUUUUUAUAAUUUAGCCUACCUGGAUUUUCUGCUUUUAUGUUUGGUUCACCUGACGGCAACUCUGGGUUGGAGCAGCAGCAAACUAAGUGCUAAUCCAAAAGAAACCAUGGAUCGCUUAGUAUCGAGUCUCUGCGAAUUAAUUGGCGCUUUCCAUUGUGGUAAGGGAUCCUCUGCUGCCGUAUCCCUUAUGGGAUUAAGUAUUACGCGGCAUGUCCUCUUGAUUCUUAACAACUUGGUAGCUGAAUUGCAAAAUUCGAAAACUAAGUUCUGGGAAAAAUACUUUUUGGAUGAUGGGGGAGGAAAUUUUUUAAACAAUUUCCUAACGCUAUGGACAAGUAGAGAUGUUAUAGUUAGAGCAGGUGCCUUGCAGCUGUUUAGCGGUUUAGCUACAUCUCCUAGGGCAGCUGAGGAAAUCGUCAGCGACGUGAAACCGGACGGUGGCUCAAUUCUGAAUUCAGCUUUUUCUGUGUUGGUUGAUACUAAUGAGGCGAACAUCGUGAGGGAAUAUGCCGCCCAGUUAAUUGCAAACUUGGUAGCUCACAUGGCGCCUGCAUCUUCGAAUAAAGUCUCUCAAUCGAAUGCUUUGUUCAUUUUAAAGAAGAAUCACACGAACAAAGUUCUAAGUCUACUUGAGGAAUUUGAUAUUUAUAGUAAUUUAGAGGUAACUUUGAACAAUUUGUUUACGACAAAUAUUUCACAAAAUGCCUGGGUUUGUCACAGCUCACAAGAAACUUGCAGCAACUCAAUUAGCAGUACUUCGCAGAACUAUUUUUUCGAAAACACGGAGUCUACCUGCUUAGCUGCCACUCCUGGAUUUGUAAAAUGUUUCGGACUUUUUCUUUAUAAUGUUUUAAACAUAGCACCAGAAGAUAUUACUAAUAAAUUGCAAGAAUGCGGUCUCGUAAAACUCUUAUUCAGAUCACUGUGCAACCCAUCCAUGAGUAUUUCGAAUCCAAAGGAAUUGUCCUUGUAUUGCGAUAUAUUAGAAAUGAAUACUGCGAUUUGUUCCGUUUUGAUUAAACUAACAACCAUCAGUCCUUCCUGUUUAGGAACCAUCCUACACACUUCUGACUGUUUUAGUGCGUUAAUAUCCUUAUUGAAUUAUAAAAAUUUUCACACCAAUAAGCCGCAAUUAAUGUACUUAAGAAAUAGCCUGUGGGCAAAAAUUUUCAAAUUACUUACUACUUUAAUAGAAAGCGCCAGUGCAAAGGACGGCGAACAGUGUGACAAAUCCGUUGAAGUUCUGACUAUAUUUUAUGAACUGAUAUUUGAAUCAAAAAGUCAACUGUUCUUGGAAACUAUUUGUGAAUCCGUUAGUUGUCUUGGAUCCAAUGAACUACAAAAUUACGCUUUAACAUUUCUAACUUCUCUUUUGAAAACGGACUUUUUGUAUCAUACGCCUCGGAAAUCAAGUGUUGAUUCCAACACUAUAAAAACCGUGUCUCUACAGAAUAUUCUCGAUUCUGUGAGAACGACUAGGUCUGUCGUCAUAUGUUCUACAAUAGAUCGAACUAAAAAUGAUGCACAUUCGAAGAAACAUGGAAAAACAAAAGAUAAACAAAUUAUUAGAAAUAAAAGCAGUCAUAAAACAAACCUCUUAGAAGAGGCCUACUUUGGCCAAGUAUUUCCAAAGUUGGAGCAGGAAGCAUCGUACGAUUCGGACAGUGAAAUUAGUUUCGUAGAGAAUAACGACAACAGUUUGUCAACGGGUGCUAAACUCUGUAAAAUAUUACUACAUCUUUAUGAUAUAUCUAAUUUAAGAAAUAGAAGUGUUUUCGGCAAAAUCAAAGAAAACGUCACAGCCGCUCUAGCUAGUCUCCUGUGUAUAUCCGUCGAGGCGAAGAAAUAUGCUUUGGAAAACCAUUUACUAAAUAAACUAAUGAAGCAAUUGAAAGAAAAAUAUAUCCAACUCAGUUUGGAAUCUGUCGAUUGUCUCAGAAGGAUAACGAAUAAGAGAAACGUUUGUCCCCUAUUAAACGAUGUAAAUAAUCUAGUCAGGUUAUUAACGAACUUCAUGAUUAAUAAUGGCGCUGCAAAAAUUGAGGCCUCUGCAUUAAAUUUAGCAGACAUUAUCCACAAAUUGUGGGUUUGGUUUUUGAUGCAAAACAGUUUUCUUAUUGACGUUCUUCGGUUGCUGAAUGUUUAUUCUACCGAAUGCAGUUUAGGUUGCCAAUCUAUGACCUUAACUAGUUCCGUUGCUGGUUCUGGACCAGGAAAAGUGCCAACUAACGAUUCCCUUCUACAUGCCCUGAUCACAUUAAUAAUUAAAGAAAUGGAACAGUUCAGUAAAAUGCACGAUUUGAGUAUUUUGAACACGUCCUUUAAUAUCCUAUGCAACUGUUGCGAAUCAUUGGAAUGUCGAAUUUUAAUAGCCAAGAGUUCCCUGUUUAAUGGUAUGUUACAUUUGCAUCCUGCGAAGACGAAAAAACAGAAACCGUGGGAUAGCCUAGAAUUAGUAUGGUUGGGCUUCUUAGAAAACUACACUAUAUAUCCAGAGGGCCAGACGUCAGUAGCAAAAGCUUCCGACGUUUUGGAACUCGUAAUGUCUUUGGCCUUUUGUUCCAGACCACAAAAUAAAUUAAUGGCUGUGUUGGUGUUGAGAAAUAUUGCAUUUUAUCAACCUAAUAAAUCAAGACUAUUAAGUUCAGGUGAAUUUCUAAAUAUACUCCAAGCAAAAUUAAUGAAUGGAACCUUUGAGGAAAAAAAUGCCGUGGUAACCAUUAUUUGGGCGAUGGCUGCGAAUAAUCAAAAAGCAAAGAAAAUUUUUAAAUCAGCCCACCUUGAUGUUGCCUUAGAUGAUGUCGUAAAACACUAUCGAUUAUUAAAACACGAGACGUCGUCUUCAAACGGGCUUGAUUUGAAUAGAAUAAACGUCGUUUUAAGUCUCUUACGAAGUAACAAAUGAAUACUGAUAUAUUUUUAUAUUUUUAAUUUUAAACUGUUCUUAAUAGUUUAUGUUAAAAAGUAGUUG